AAUGGUCCAAUUCAUCACUUGAGUUACUCAUUCUGAAAUUAGUCAUUAGAAAUCACAUUAUGUGAUCCACACUAUUUUAAAUUAAGAGGGAAAACAAGAAGAGUUUGGCCUCCAAAAUUACAGCUGAAUUGUCACUUGGAUUGAUUACCCAUAAAAGUCAUAUAAGGUUUGGCAUGCCAGAAACCUGUGAAGACAAAAUGUGAUGAUCUUGUGACAAAAAUGACAAGUCAAUGACUCAAAAAUAUGAUUAACUUAACAAGAGCGGGAACUCUUAAUGGACAUGUAAAUGCCAAACAGAUUAGAGAAUCUCAAUGAAAAAGGGUGCCAUAAACAAAACAGGAAGCCUUCCAGCUGGACCAAUGCCCACUUGGGAGGGUAUAUAAGAGCCCUAACAAGAGAGGAGACAUUUGUACCUCACCAACCUCAUCUGUCUAAGAAACUGAAAGCUAACCAGACACCGAUUGCCAUGGAUUGCUGUGCCUCUCGCAGCUGCAGUGUCCCCACCGGGCCCGCCACCACCAUCUGCACCUUCGACAAAUCCUGCCGCUGCGGAGUCUGCCUGCCCAGCACCUGCCCACACACGGUUUGGUUACUGGAGCCCACCUGCUGUGACAACUGUCCCCCACCCUGCUACAUUCCUCAGCCCUGCGUGCCCACCUGCUUCCUGCUCAACUCUUGCCAGCCAACUCCAGGCCUGGAGACCCUCAACCUCACCACCUUCACUCAGCCCUGCUGUGAGCCCUGCCUCCCAAGGAGCUGCUGAUGGAUGGCUACUUCGCUCAGUGCCCAACAACGAGGAAUCCAGAAGCUGUCUCUUCAGUAGUCACUUGCCUCAGUAGUUUACCAGAUGUUAAGGUAGAUCAGAUGGCCCAGAUAUGAAGAAUUUACCUUUGGUUUUAAUGGGGGGAAAAAAGAAAAGUAUUUUUCAUGGUUAUUUAGCUGAAUAACCAUUUGGUUCCUGUGGGCAGGUGAAUGUGUUUUAUUAGCAAAAUACUGUUUCAAUCUGUAAGACCUCAGAUUACAUGUUCUUGAUCAUACUGCUUCCUGGCUCUUGUUUCUUGUAUUGGGUAUUUCCAUAGAGGAAAAUUUCUUGGUGGUUUUUCAAAUAAACUAUAUUUCUCUGGCAA